AUGGAACAUCAUAUUUGCUUAAUCAGUUCAUGGUUGAAAGAUGGAUCAACUCAUCCUGCUGACAUUCUCACUAUUUAUGGUAUGGGCGGGAUUGGGAAGACAUCUUUGGCCAAAUUAAUCUAUAGCUUGUACCGUUGUCAAUUCCAAAGAAGCAGCUUUAUUGAAGACAUCAAUAGGAAUAGUAAAAAACUUCUAAGUUUCCAAAAACAGCUUUGUGCUAACAUUUCAAGAACAAGUUCAGUAGAAGUUUCUGAUAUUUCUGCAUACACCUGUACGAUUGAGAAGGUGCUAUCAUCUAAAAAAGUGUUAUUAGUACUUGAUGACGUUGACGAUCUUGACCAGCUGAAGAAUUUACUUGGAAAUAAAGGUUUUCAUAACGGGAGCAAAAUCAUAAUUACGUCCAGAGAUGCAUCGUUGACCAAGAAGCUAAAACUAGAUGUUCAACCCAAACGUACAAUGUGCUUACUUGAAGGUUUGAGUUUCGAAUCGUCACUGGAACUUUUCAGUUUGCAUGCAUUCACUUGCAACAGUGUCAAAAAAGGUUACGAAGAGAUGACUAAAAAGCUUGUGAAUUAUUGUGACGGACAUCCACAAGCUCUUAUAGUAAUGGGCCGUAAUCUUUGGGACAGAAGUCAAGCUGCAUGGAAGGAAUACAUAGAUGGGCUAAACGAAGAAACAGAUUCUCGUAUCAGAAAGCAAUUGCAAAUGAGCUUUGAGUCUCUGCAAAACAAUGAUAAGGAAUUAUUUAUGCAUAUUGCUUGUUUUUUUGCCGGGAAGGAUAGAGUUUUUGCUGAAACAAUUUUACACGAAUGUGAUAUCGGCACACUAAAUGGGAUCAAGAAUCUCGUUGAUAGAUGUCUUCUCACAAUUGGACCACGGAACGAAUUAAAGAUGCAUCAGUUGCUUCAAGAUAUGGGGAAAGAUUUCGUGCGGAAAGAACAUCUCAGACCAUGGCGACGUAGUCGAAUAUGGAGUCAUAAGGAGUUUUUCGAAGUGUUACGAAAGAAAAAGGAUAAGGGAACUCUUAAAGGCAUCAUCCUUGACUGUAGUGUGGGUGGGGAAGAUACGACACAUGGAUCACUUGAGGUCGAAAUGGAUGUACUGAGAACCAUGGAUAGUUUAGAUCUCCUACAACUCAAUCAUGUUAAAUUUAAGGGAUCUUAUAACUUCCCCAAAAAUUUAAGAUGGUUGUGUAUUCAUGGGUUUCCUUCACGGUCUUUACCUUCAGACUUGCCAAUGGGGAAUCUGGUUGUUCUUGACAUGACAAACAGUAAAAUUGAAUCUUUUGACUUGUCUAAUAGUGUCAAAUCAUUUCAAUGGCUGGCUGGGAAGAAAACAAAGUUGCUAGGAUCAUGCUCCAAGGAUGAAUGGAGUCUUGGAUCAUUGAAGAUUCUUAAUUUGAGUUUCUGUUAUCAGCUUCGUAGUCUCCAAGACUUUUCCAAACUCCCCGCACUUGAAAGGUUAAUACUUGCAGGUUGCAGAAGUUUGGUUGAAAUUAGUAAAUCUAUUGAUAAAUGCACUGAACUUGUCGUAGUUGAUUUAAGUUACUGCAUCAUGCUUAAGAAGCUUCCAACGACUCUGUCCAAUCUAAAGAAUCUCGAAGCACUCUCUCUAGAUGGCUGUAAUCUUGAUAAAUCUUCACUAGAAGAUUUACAAAAAAUAAUCAAUCUUAACACGAGCCUCCAAGCUUCUUCCUCUGACACUAAGGUGCCUCAUGUAAUGUCCUCCAAAAUAUGUUUAGCAACGUCAUUAAAUUACAAGCCAUCUGAAUGUGACAGUUGGCGCGAGGAAUCAUAUCCUAUGGCAUGCAGUAGCCUAGCCAUGUCAGACGCAUUAACUUUAGAUGGAAAUCCGAUUGUUAUUUUGCCCAAUGGUGUUAGAAGCCUUCGGAGAAUUGAGUUGCUCAGUUAUGAAGAACACGACAUGCUAAAGAAAAUCAAACACCCUACAUGCACACGAAGAAAUUUGAAAUUUAGCCGAUGGGACUUGCUAACGAACCUAUAUGAUCCAAACGUGUCCCCAAUCACCAAAGCACUCAGCAUUUAUUUAGAAGCACAAUCAUUGCCCGAAAUAAAAGGAGUUGUCCAACUCCAACCAAUAGCAGAUGUUGAAGAUCUGAUAUAUGGAUUGGAUUGGAAGGAUUUUGAUUUAAUAAAGAAUAAAAAGUUGCUUUUUGAGUUUGGAAUAUUCAGCACGUUUUAUGGGGGGAAAGAGAUGCCAAAAUGGAUUAGGGAUAGAAACAACGGGCCAUCAAUUAAUUUUAUCGUACCCUCAUCUUCAAAGAAUCUCAGAGGAUUGAAUUUCUGCUAUCUCCAGACAGGUCGAGAUCCAGAUAAUGGUGUUAAUUUACCAACAGUCAAAGUUCGUAAUGAAACAAAAAACUGCACUUGGAUAUACAAGCAGUAUAUUCACUGGGUCAAAGUAGAUGAAAAGUGUCUCAUAUGGUUAAGCCAUUGGAUGUUCGGAAAGAAGGAGAUGGAAAACGGCGAUCACAUUACUAUUUCUAUACCACCCGAGGAUAAUGUUAGCAUAAGAGAGUGUGGGAUUAGUUUUGUGUAUGAUGAUGGAACGAUGCAAGAAGAUGUCUUGGGUGAUUACAAGAAAUGGGAUCACAUAAUUGGCCGGGAUCUCUCUCCAUUUUGCUUAACAACAAAAGAAUACUUCCUAGAUAACCAUCGCUUUUUUUGGUGGCAUAUUGAUUGUCCAGUUAAUCGUCCCUUCAUUAAAAACGGCGCCUGUUAUGAAGGUUGUUCUUUCUAA